UGUGUUUAUGUUGCUAUAACAACACUAGUACUUACUGAGUGUGCUGCUCUUUUCUCAUCAAACCGAACACUUCUUUGCGUAAUUUGAGCAGCGUACAAGAUGCCACCCAAAAAGAAAAGUGCAGAUAAAAAACCAGCAAAUCCAAGGACCCCCACGCUGAUAAAUGGCCUCACCAAGGAUGAAAUGUCCAAGGAGCAGCUGGAGGAGCACAUUAUGCGUCUUCGAGAGGAACUGGAUAGAGAGCGGGAAGAGAGAAACUACUUUCAGUUGGAGAGGGACAAGAUCCACAGCUUUUGGGAAAUCACAGUUAGAAAACAGAAGGAGGUUGACUCUGAGCUGCAAAAGGUAGAAAAGGAUGUAGAAGAAAAUGAGGCCCGUCACCAAUUAGACGUUAAGGUGUACAAGCAGAAGAUCAAGCACCUCCAGCAUGAACACCUGAAUGAUAUCGCUGAACUGAAUGCAGAUUCUUUGGCGUCCAGUGAACUGAUGGAGAAAGAGCAAGAGCACCUAGAGGAAGAGCUUCGUAAGACAAUUACGCGGGUGGACAUCCAAGAGAUCAACUUUAAACACACCAAGAAGGAACUUGAACUGAAACAUGGUGAAGAACUGACCACAAGGAGCGACCACCUGGAGAAACAGCUUGCAGAAAUUACAGCGUCGUUUGAGAUGAAAGUGCAGGCGCUAAAACAAGAUCUGGACAACAUCUGGAAAAGUGAGAUCAGCGAUAGAGAAAACCACUGGAACAGCCACAUCGCUGCUCUUAAACAAGAUCACGAUGAAACCUACCGCAGCGCUGAGGAAUUUGUCAUUAUCAUGAAAACGGACGCAGACACGCUCACUGAACUCAAGGGAGAAAUUAAUGAAGCAAAGAAGAAACAAAAGAACAUGAAACUGGAGGUGGUAACUGUUUUGAAGGAGAACAAACAUCUUGCUGAGCUUAUCUCAAAGAUCAAGGAAGAAAACGAUGAAAUUGCCAAGAAACUGAGACACUACUCAAGAAAUAAGGAUGUAAUUGGAAACAUCAAAAGAAAAAAGCUGAAAGAUCUGAAAGCAGAGCACGAGGUGUUGGAACAGAAAUUCAGCGAGCUCCAACUGGAAAGGGAUGAACUUCGCAAGGCUUUCACUGAGAUUGUUGAGAAGGCGCAGCAUAAUGGAGACAUAGAGAACAUGGUGGUGGAAAAGAAGCUGCAGGCUCUGACAGAGAGCCUGGAGGAGAUGGAGGCUCAGCUCAGUGCGGUGCUUUCAGCCUCCAACAUGGACCAAACAGCCCUCACCAGGGUCAUAAAGAAAACUGAGGCACAUAUUGACUGCAAAAAUACUGCCAUCAGGACCCUACAGCACAAAAUAAAUCAAAUUUCCAUGGUCCGCAAGCAUUUUCUGCUGCACACUGAGGUAAAGGCAAAGGCUUUUGGUGUUCCUGCGGAAGAGCUCCUUUGUAAUUCCCAAUGAGAGGAAUCCUCGUGGUAAAAAUGUGGAGCAGCACUUGGAUUAAAACCUGCGUGUCAUCUGCAUAUUUGACAUCCUUUGUCCAGUAUGUCGUCUCUAAAGGGAGCAACUGAAAGAUGAAGAUACUUCAUUGGUCAUUUGUCAGGUGUUUUUAAUGACAGCCAAUAGGUGGCGCUAUUCACAUAAUUCAUUGUUGUGUCUCAGAUGGUGUCAUGGUCACAGAUGUUGGCCUGGCUUCACUCUUUCUCUCCUUGUUUGCUCGGUCUGAUGCUCUUUGUUAUGGGAGCGAGACUCCUCCCAGAAGUGGGCGUGGUUACCCAAGACUCCCUGGUGCACCUGUUUCUUAUCAACACCCACCUGCAGUAUUUAACCACUGUUAUCCCUACAUUGCCAGAUUGCUAAGCUAUAUCAUGUGGCAGUGUCACUCAGGCCUCUUGUAGAUGUUUUGGUACUUUCCUUGUUUAUCCUCUUCCAUCCAGAUUGGGUGUGUGAGCCUGCCUAACUCCUGGUUUUUCCUGCCUGUUCCCCUCUGGCUUUACUGAGGAAUACUCACAUAAGUCUAGACCUGUGGGCAACAGGGAAUUCUUAUGUGAAUCAACGUCAGUCUUUCUGAACGAGAUCCCUGCCGAAAACUGAGCAGUUCAAGAAUGCUGCAGUAACUGAACUCUAUCCUGUGUAAAGAGUAGACUUGACCAUUAGAUUGCUGACCAGUGACCUUCCCUUGAUCAUUAUUCAACUUUAAUUCCUGAACUUGCUGCAGAUGUUGUUACCAUGUCUUGAAGUUGUUCAUUAAAAUUGUUAAAACUCUU